AACACCCAGAAAUAUAGCUAGGACUAUAAGGACGACCCAAGUCAGAGGAUGAAAAUAGGCUCUUGUUUGGAAGUAAACAGAAUAACAGAACGCCAUACAAUAAACCAUGACUCAAUAGCCUCCCCAAAAGCCCUCGUCCUUUCUUUCAUCGAACACAAUUGGCAUGGCUAAGAACAGACCCCAGGUUAUCACUGAGAAUGUAGGAAUGAAGCAGAAGAGCAUGGAGCGCCAAGAGCCUUUGAAUUCAGCACGGGCUCUUCUUUUGUCGACUUCGAGUGAAUGGAAGAGAGCUAUAUCCAGAAGAGUCCGAAGCAUCAGGCUGUACAAGAGAGAACGCAGCAGAGGAUACAUUCAUUAAGUAUAUUAGAAUCAGCACUAGGAGAUGGGAUGUUCCUUCUUGUAGUAGAGAGAAGGAAGAAGAUUAGUGUUGUUGUGGUGAGAUAGCAGUUGAUAAAUAAGUAGCAAAGGAGAGCAUUGGUACCUCCAACCACCAUCCUCCACACAACUAUCGCAUAAAUAAUUCCAAAAGUGACUAUAUAAAGCCCAAACACAUAAGGUUUAUAGUUAACCAUCAAGUGUAUCUUCUUCACAUAGUCCUUCAACGC